AUGGACGAUAAAAAUUCAGAGGAAAUUGAAACCCCAAAACCCUCCGAAUACCGCAGAAUGGUAUCAGACGUGUGGGAAUAUUGUACUAGAAUCAGUGAUACCCUCGUACAGUGCAAUCACUGUUCGAAAGUAAUGAGCUUUCACGGAACGACAAACAUUCGGGUGCAUGUUGGUAGACAUUUUGGCAUGAAACCGGUGAGGUGCAGGAGUACCGGGCGAUUGCCCAGGAAUAUCAAACUGCCUCCGGCGAAUCCGGGCCAGCAACAACAAUUACACCAACAGCAGCAACAGCAUACGCCUCAGGUUUCACCACAAUCGCAACCUCAACCCUCACCUCCGCCCACCAUCAAUCAGAAAAAGGCGGGAGGAGGAGGAGGAGGUUUGCCUCCUCUGGCUCCGAAACCGAGCGGCGGUACGAAAGGAGGAUCCUCUCAAUCGAGUAGUACCUCAUCGUCGGCGACCAUCAAACAACUUCCGAAACUAUUGCCGAAACCUCAAACUCCCCCGGAGGUAUGCCUAAGGUGGAAUUCGUAUCAUUCAAACAUGCAAAACACAUUUCCUAGUCUUCUGAAUAACGAACAAUUUGUCGACGUGACGUUGGCAUGCGAUGGAAGGAGCAUAAAGUGCCACAAGGUCAUGUUGUCGGCAUGUUCGCCGUAUAUGGAAGAAUUGCUGUCGUCUAAUCCUUGUCAGCAUCCGAUAAUAUUUUUAAAAGACAUGAAGUUUUGGCAAUUGCAAGCUCUCAUCGACUUCAUGUACAGAGGAGAAGUGAACGUGACCCAAGAUAAACUUCCGAGUUUGUUAUCGGCUGCCGAAGCAUUGCAGAUAAAAGGUACGGGUUUAGCUAGUCCAGUGAAUCACAGUGCCCCUCCAAAAAUAACUCAAGUACAACCCAUGCCUACGGCGCAACACGAUAUCUCAGAUGAAAUGGACCAAGUCACUUACAUGAGACAUCUUCAAUUGCAAACGGAUAUAAAAACCGAAUAUGACGAUGAAUACAUGCAAGACACGGAUGAAUCUCCUCCUCCGACGCCAAAAGCUAAGAAGAGAAAAACAUCGCACGUUUCACCGUAUGGAAGUAUCGGUGGUGGUGGUGGUGCAAAUAACGUCGGGACAACGUCGGGGGGGAAUAACAUAAUACUAAACAAUAAUUCCCACAAACAAUUAUUAGUUAAUAAGACGACGAAAAGGGAAAAGGAAAGGCAUUCGGAACCUUCUACGUCGAAUCAACACGUGACUCAGGCACUACCCAAUCAACACGGAACGGCGGAUCAACAUAGGAGAAAAAGUGAUAACGAUAAAAUAGUAGGGGAUAGCGAUAACGAAUAUAAGAAUUACUGCGAAGACAACAGGCAUCAUACGACAACUCAGGACGAAGAACUCGAUUUAGACGAGGAGCACGCUCAAAUAAUACUUGAAAGAUAUUCAUCUCAAAAUAACGAUUAUUCGAGAACGGGAGACGGAGGAGGUCCAGAAGGUGACGGAGAUGAAAAUAGUACAACGUCCGGAUAA